CAUCACGUCUCUGUUGUGUGUGUGUGUGGGCGUGCGUGUUGACGUGCAUGUGUUUGUUUCCAGCCCUCACCACCACCACCACCAGCUCGGGUAGAUUUGCUGCUGCAUCCACCCCGCGGUAGCAAAAAAGAAAAAAACGAAACAAGUGUUCAUAAGUGUCAGCGCAUGUAUCAGAAACAGUGAAAAGCGUCAGUCCUGACCUUCCCGCUCCAGAGGGCAUCAGCAGCUCGCCUCGUUCAGUGGCGUCCGCCCCCAUGACCCGUUGAGUUGGGACCCAGCCCCACCGUGGCUCAUGCGCUGUACCCGUUUCCCUCCCUGUCCUCCUCCUCCCUCAAGCUGACGCAGAAUCCCAGGCACCUCCCUCCCCUCCCCCUUCCCCAACCCCACCUAGUCCCCAGCGACUCGCCCCCGCCCGCUAUGGCGCCUGGCACAGAGACAGUCCACUACAUCCACCUCCACAACUCCAGCCAGUCGGUGCUGGAGGCCCUGCGCACCCAACGGCGCGAGGGCCUCUUUUGCGAUGUGACGGUACGCAUCCACGACGCGUCAUUGCGGGCCCACGCCUGUGUUCUGGCAGCUGGCAGCCCCUUCUUCCAGGACAAGUUGCUCCUGGGACACUCAGAGAUCUCAGUGCCGCCCUUGGUGCCGGCCGAAACGGUCAAGCAGCUGGUGGACUUCAUGUACAGCGGCUCGCUGGUGGUGCUCCAGUCGCAGGCGCUCUGCAUCCUCACCGCCGCCAGCAUACUGCAGAUCAAGACGGUCAUUGACGAGUGCACGCAGAUUAUCUCGCAGAGGAAGGCAGCGAGUGCGGCGGCGGCAGCUGCUGCGGCGGCGGCGGUCGGCGGGGGGAUGCUGGGCAGCGUCCUCCCCAAGCAAGAGGAGCGUGGCGGCGGUGGAGGGAAAGGGAGGGAGAGCGGUGGCAGCUGUUCAGGCAGCGUCAGCGGAGGAUACCCCAACUUCCCUAACUUCAUGGUGGAGUGCAGCGCCAGUAACUUGGGUGGCGAGAGCGGGCCCGGCCCCAGGGUUUCUGCGCAAGAACCCUGCGGCCCAAUGGAGCAGGCCAACAGUCUGAUGGCGCUGGGGGACAUGGGCCCGACGUCCUUAUGCGGAGGUGGCGAGGGUCUGGGCGGUGGCCUCAUCAAGCAGAGCCCCAGCUGCACGCAGGACGUCCGCUACAAGCUGCGCGACCUGCUAGCCCAGACGGCAGACAACGGGGGCGCCGCCCGAGCCGCCAGCCUGUCCGCAAGCUGCAGCUCCGGCGUGGGCAGCGUAGACAGCGUCGGCAGGGAUAGUCUCCGUGGCAACGCCACCGACCUCUCCGACGACCUGGUGAACAUGGAGCACUUCAGCGAGGAGGAGGACUUGGACGGCAGGGAGCGUGGCAGAGAUGGAGACCGAGACAGGGGGGCAAGCCAUAGCCGCAAGCAGAGGCAGCCACUCAGGCUCCAGGUGUUGGGAGGCGGAGGUGAGGGCGUCGUGGUGAAAGAUGAGGGAGCGCAGGACGCCGACGGGACGGCCUACGACCUGGAGGACGGCAGGCGGGACGGAGAGCAGGGCGGACCCCAGGGAGCCAUGGCGGCCUUCGGACAGGACUUCUAUGACGAGCAGGGUGUCUUCACUGAGAGUUUCUGGCCGCAGAGCGAACCUCCUCAGCCCAUGGCGUUUAAUCCCAGAGGACGGGUCAGCAAGCCUCUGACUCCACCCCCAACCUCGCAGUCCAUCAACAACCAGCUUCUUUUCCAGUACCCAGUGAGCCAGUCGCAGCCGCCGCCGUUCUACAUGGGAGGGAUGGACACCAUGGCGGGGGCGGAACCCAGCCAACAGGCCCCGCCGCCUGUCCCCAUGACACCGGCGCCACCCCCCGCCACCAACACGGCCGUCGCCUGCUCUUCGGGCCCCUCGCCUUCCUCCCAAGGAUCCGAGACCUCCUUCGACUGCACGCACUGUGGCAAAUCUUUACGUUCCAGGAAGAAUUACAGCAAGCACAUGUUCAUCCACUCCGGUCAGAAACCUCACCAGUGCUCCAUCUGCUGGCGCUCUUUCUCCCUGCGCGACUACCUCCUCAAGCACAUGGUGGUGCAUACGGGCGUGCGGGCCUUCCAGUGCUCCAUGUGCGGCAAGCGCUUCACGCAGAAGAGCUCGCUCAACGUGCACAUGCGCACGCACCGCGCCGAGCGCACCUUCCAGUGCAACGUGUGCCACCGGGCUUUCACUCACCGCACCUUGCUGGAGCGCCACGCCCUGCAGCACGCGCCCCAGGUCCCGCCAGGGCGCAGCGUCGACAUGACCUCGGCCGCCAAGCACAGCCCUCCCGCCAUGGGGGGGCCCUCAGGUAUGGCCGGGGCGGCCGGCAUGGUGGGCGGAAUGGCCAACCUCCCGGGCCACGGCGCCGCAUCCAACUAGAGUCGACGGCGGGAGCACGGGUACCAGGCCAUUCAGGCCCUUCCUCAAGCCGGCCGCCGUGGGGUUCCAUCAGCAGAGGUGGGGGGCGCAAGUCACAUGACAUGACUCUGGUCACACUUAAAUUGCCAGUUUUAGGACUUGUUUGGCUAAAACCCUUUAUUUGUGAGACCCAACACGACUUUGACUUGAACUAAAUGUUUCCCAACCUACUUGUAGGACAUUACAAAAAAAUCUCAAGGCAAACUGUAAAGCAACAAACAAAAAUGUCACAAAAAGUGGAUACAGACUUCCCCGUCUAUUUUAGCAAAAACGUUUUGUGGAACUUAUCCUAAUGUUAUUUGAUUUGAAACGUGUUUGUUGCUUUGUGAAACCCCCUAAGAUGGCGCCAAAGCCCUCUCUAAUAUAAAAGUAGUGUUUUGGGGCCAUCUUGUGGUAUCUUGAUGCCAGGGAAUUAUCUUGAAGUGAGGAGAGGAGCUUCAAUUAAACUGGCUAAAGCAUUGGCUAAUAUAAAUGUAGAGCUUUGGCGCCAUCUAACAUCUAAAGGCAAUUAUGAACCUUUUUGGGGGUGUCGGUUGCGUGUGAAUUUUCACGAUUCGCGGUCGGGCUUAGUCCCUAUUACUGUACACAGGUUAAAUAUGUACUUUCUGUCAUCUAGUGGAAGGGGAUGUAAUUGUUCUUCCUCUCACUAUAGGUUGCUGGUGUAGAUAACAGAACAAAGAUACAUUAUUUGAAGUAAAUAAAUACUUUCUGGAAAAUUUCCCACAGUCCACUAAUGUGCUGCAACACACUGGUUGUGAAUUAUUGAACGACGUGACUUGACAAGUCUGUUUACGUUUAAAAUCUGCAUUUUAUUUAGCUCAUUAGUUAUUUUUUUGUCGAGGGCGCGCAAACCUCGCAACCCACCAGUGCGCUACGAGUUGAAGUGCGGAGGCCACAGUAUGAAGCAAGUACAGUGGUACCUCAACUUACGAGUUGAAUUUGGAUUCAAGGAUUUUGGGGGUGAUCAAAUUGGGACAAAGAGAAUAUGAGAGACACAACAACCAUCCAGCCAUCCAUUUUCUGAGCCACUUCUCCUCACUCGGGUCGCGGGCGUGCUGGAGCCUAUCCCAGCUGUCAUCGGGCAGGAGGCGGGGUACACCCCGAACUGGUUGCCAGCCAAUCGCAGGGCACAUACAAACAAACAACCAUUCGCACUCACAGUCAUGCCUACGGGCAAUUUAGGGUCUCCAAUUAAUGCAUGUUUUUUGGGAUGUGGGAGGAAACCGGAGUGCCCGGAGAAAACCCACGCAGAACAUGCAAAGUCCACACAGGCGGGGCCGGGGAUUGAACCCGGGUCCUCAGAACUGUAAGGUUUAUGUCAGUUAUACGUUUAAUUAAGAAUAAAGCGUAAUGAACAAUAGAGAGACUGGUUUGGGUCAAUUCGAAAACAAUGUGAAUGUGUUAGUACAGCUAACUCGCGCCAGUCCAGACAGCGAGUGCAAGAUUGUAUGACUUGACUUUGAAUUGUAUGCAAUGACUUGACUCAAAUUUCGUGGGGACUCGACUCGACCUGCUUGUUUUUUGCCACAGUAACUCGGGACUUGAGACUUAGUCACAGUAUGACUUGCAUAUUUCUGACUUCCUCCCACCUCUGCCUAACAGACCGGAACCUUCCCACGGGGCUCCCGCAGAGGCUCUUUUGGAACCCAAUGCACAACUCAUCAGAACCGUAUUUCCUCACCCUCACUCUACUGAGCCCACGUGGCCAACAACCUCACAGUAUUAACCUACACUUGAACAUUUCCGCAAAGAGCCUCUGUGGGAACAAACAAUGUUUGGAGGUUUGGGUCCAUGUGGGUGGCUAAAAGGCGUGCAGUGAGGGUGGGUAUUAUGGGUGGGGGCGGGUGGUGGUUAUCAGGUGGGUUUGGGGGGGUCAUGACAAAGCUUGAGAGGAGAUUAUUGGAGGAGGUUGGAAAGGUUUCAUUCACAAUCAGUUCAUUUAGUCUUAAAAGUUGGCAGUCAAACAAACGUCCUACCCCAGGUCCCCCUACCUGCUGGAAUGACCCGGAACCGGAAAUGUCAGGACUCCGAAAACCGCUCUGAGACUUAAAUGAGUUGACUGUGAAGGAAAACCGGGGUGGAGAUGGGAAGUAGGAGGGCGGCAACGGCAGGCGUCGUGAAAUGAAAUUCAACUUCAUCCAUCAGACACGUUGGUCACAGUUUCCACAGGCGUCCACCGGCUGCACCCCGCAAUCAAAUACCUCGAAACAGGACGCACUGCAAAUAGGAAAUGUUUUGGAAACAUUUCAAGCUUCUAUUACACGCACGCACGCACGCACACACACACACACACACAGCUACAAUUACCUCGGCAGUCCAAAGACAGGCUUUUUGUGUCAUAUUUGAAGCUACAACAGUUAAAGCUUAAAAGACGCAUCCGUUUACAUUUGAAAAGUUUAUUACUUCAGUGUGAAAAAAAACACAGUGGUAACAGCGCUCACUUUGUUCUUUGUUGCUCCUGUGAUGCAGAAGUUUAGAAAAAUGCUUUUAACAUGAAAGAGCCAUUGAGAGGAAGGGAAAGUCGGUGGGGAAAACUUUGACAAAUCAAUGAUUUCUAUCAGGAUUUUAUAUAUGUAUUAUAAAAAAAAUAAAAAUGAAUGUUUGGUUGUGUUUCGGGCUUUUAGGUGGUUGAUGCACUUCUCGUGUCACAAAAGAAAAUAUUAUUAUUAUUAUUUUUUUUUUUUUUAGUCAAACUAAAAAUGAAUCAUGAAAUUGUACAAUCACCCCUAAAAGAGUUUUUGACCAAGUCAAAAAAAAAUGGUGAUAAUGUCAAGUUAUCACAUUAAUAUUUAUUGCAAUUUGAUCUCUAUGCACACCUAAGUUUGCACAUCCUGUUUCUUAGAGCUAGAUGUUGUCGUUCCCCCUCAAAUAUUUGGCCUCUUUCCCCCCCCCCCCCCCCACGCCCUUUGGUGUACCUAUUCGCCAGUCUUGAAUCAAAGUUAUUUUCGUACGCAAAAAGCUUGUGGAGACCUCACGCUAAAGAUUUGACAUGAAAUGUCCCCAUGGUUAAAUGUGGCAAAGACGAGUGCACACAUGCUGUCACGUAAUAAGCUAAAUGUCCACUUUGAACGCCAAACCUCUGGUGCUUUUUUCGUUUUCUUUUUUGGGGUUGUUCUUGUUGUUGUUGUUGUUGUUGUUGUUUGUGUUCUCUUUCUGGACAUAUUUACCUCAUUUUGGCAGCUGCCAACAACAUGAAGGCGGUGCUCUCCUCAGUCAACUUAACAGUGUUUUGAUUUUUUUGGGGGGCGGAUUUGAUUUCUUCUCAGUGGCAGAAGUGGUUGUGGUGCAUUCAAGGACCCGUGUACAGUACUGUAACAUGUCAGCCUUUUGUGACGUACUGUGUGAUGCCUUUUCUGUUCUUCUUCUACUUCUAGGAUGUUUUCUACAGGAAAUCCUCUCCGACAUGCAGUGGCGGUUUUAUAAACUUGUCAACCUUUCAAAAAAAGAAAAGCAAGCCGACCUUUUCUGUAUGACAAAGGCAUGAUUUUAACCUUUUUCUGACAACUUGUAGAUGUUGUAGUCGAUGACUCUAAUUGAAUUUGAAAACUGAUUGAGUGUUUUCAAGGAUUUUUUUUCUCCAAUUAAACGUCUUCUACGACUGAAGGCC